AUAUUGGCAACUUUGUUUAAAAACCCAUCCCCACGCAGAGAAAAAUGAGCGUGAAUGAAGAUUCACCCAUUCAAACGCAAAAAUAACAAGCGUGUAUUAAAAAAUACUCUGAGGGGAGUAAAAUCAGCUAACCGUGGGAGAAGCUGUCACCGCAAUUUCCGGGGAAUUUUUCGAGGCGAGAGCGCGCGAGUAAGGUGCGGUGCAGCAUCACGAUCAGUUUUUUGUCUGGACCAGGAAAAAGGGUCCCUUCGUGUGUGCAGUUCCGGUAUUUAAAAAAAACGCGAGUUUUCACCCAAACACUUCCGACCGAUUCUUUAACUUUAAUCCCCGAUGAAGAGAUGUCCGUCAUCAAGGAGACGAUGGAACUGAGGACGGCCGCUAUCAAGAGCGGAGUUAGCACCGAUGGCUCUUUGGUCCGUUCAAAGUUGACCAACCGGUUGGUGUGGCGAAACCGCGAGGUGGACGAGAACGACAUCGGCUCCUCAUACCUGAGCAUGAUGGGUGGUAUUGGUGAUGGCGGUCUCGCGAUGGUCAACCCGGAACCCGUUCCGAUUCCGGAGAAAGACGUUCGAUUCUCGGCGCGCUCCAGAGCAGCGAAAUGCCGGAACUCGUCGAACCAGCAGCAAAGCAACAACAACAACAGCAACAACAUCCCGCACGGCAAGAUCGUGCGUUGCACGACAACAACAUCCGACCCGCGACAACAUCUGCCAUGGGAAGUGCUGCACCAACAGCAGGAAAACAACAACAUCGGGCGCUAUCCUGGCGUGGCUGGGAAAUCCCAAUCCACAAACCCAUUAUAAUAGUGCGACCGCGAGGAUUGAGAAACCAGAAUCUGCAACUCUAUGUUCCCGUUCGGCUGAAUAAUUAUGGGGCUAACAGCGCUCUUAUAGGCAUCCUAAAAACCUUCAACCGUUUUUCGGAGUACUUUGACUUCGGCGUUCCCAGAAAUGUUUUCCGUAGAAAAAUAUUGGACAAGUCAAGAUUUACUUAGAUGUUCUUAGAUUUUAUGUCAAUUUAUAUAUGUAACCUAUAAUUAAGUUAUCAUUAGGAUCUAAAUUUGAUCCGUUGAUUUUUAUACAAUAAACAACAAAAUGAUAAGACACAAGACACAACGCGGAACGGAGGCACCGGCGAUGAAGAUGAGCUCCGGGGCCCAAAGGGCCAGUUUGAGGCCAUAU